GCAGAGGGAGGGGAGAUGCAGCGUCAGUCAGCUGCAGUAGGCAGAGGACAGCAGCAGCAGAAGCAGUAGUGGCUGCCGUUCUCUAUUGUUCAGCCAGAACAUUCUCCUUUCCUCUCCAGCCAACCAGAGGAGCAGAAGCCCAGGAGGUCCGCUACAUGCACCGUUCCUUCGGGGAACACUAACUGAAGAGGCACUCAAACUCUUUCAGUCUGUGCGACUGAACUUCUUUCUCUGCUCUCGUUGGGGUGUUUUUUCCUCCCGACUGAGUGGAUUUUACGUGACUCAGGGGAGCCAUGGGACUUGGGGUUAGGGGUGCAAGGACAGCGUUCCUGUGUUUAUGGAGGUUAUUUUUACUGCUCUGUGGAAUCCGGACCGCUUGCACCCAAACAUCAGAAGACGGGAAGUCGCUGUACUUCUGGGAGACAGGUCCGUGGGGCAGAUGUAUGGGCAGCGAGUGCGGUCCAGGUGGCAGUCAGAGUCGGGCAGUGUGGUGCGCUCAUGUGGAAGGCUGGACCACCCUUCACACCAACUGCCUUCAGUCCACACGGCCGGCCAACCAACAGAGCUGCUUCCGCGUCUGCGACUGGCACAAGGACCUGUACGACUGGCGGCUGGGUACGUGGAACCAGUGCGUUCCCAUAUCGCUGCGCACCGGCCGCACGGGCAUUUGCCUGCAAGGCGAAGAGGGCAUCCAGACGCGGGAGGUGAACUGUGUGCUCAAGGCGGACGGCUCAACUGCGGACCACGCCAUCUGUGAGUACUUUGAGCCCAAACCCCGGCAGGAACAGGCCUGUUUAAUUCCUUGCCCUCAAGACUGUGUGGUGACCGAGUUCACCCCAUGGACCACGUGCUCCAAGACCUGCGGGCUGGGCCUGCAGAACCGCGUCCGCUCCAUCGUGGAGCCGCCGCUGUUCAGUGGGCUUCCUUGCCCCAAUCUGACGGAGUUCCAGACGUGCGCGCCGAGGGCCUGCGAGGGCAGAGAGACAGUGUUCAGUCUGAAAGUGGGCGGAUGGAGCGAGUGCAAGCUGCCUUCUUUAGCAUCACCUCCGACCUCCUCUGCCGCCCCCUCACGCACCGCCCGCCAAGCCCGCCGGCGGAAAGGCAAAGAGAGGAAAGGGAACCGAGACCCAGAGAUGCGCGAGCUCAUCAAGAGCAAAAGGAACCGCAACAGGCUGAAUCGACUAGAGGAUGACCUCUGGAAUAUGGAAAUAGGCUACCAGUCUCGGCAAGUAGUGUGUGUGCAUCGAAACGGAAGCACGGUGUCUCUCAGACUACUGUGUAUCUCAGGCGUACAGUGUUUGGUCUUUGAUAACCGUUCGAGCUCAGGAACAUGGGAAGAGUUGAAAGGAAAACAUUCAGAGCGUUUCAGCCUGAGGAAUCUGCAGCCAGAGACGUACCAGUCCUGCCUGAUGCCCAAAGACUGUGUGGUCAGUGAAUGGAGCUCGUGGGGCUCCUGCUCAAAGACCUGCUCGGACCCCAGUGUUCCUCAGGGCUCACUCUCCCGCAGCAGACAGCUGAUACGGCUUCCUACCGGAGGAGGGUCCGAGUGUCCCCAGCUGGAGGAGAGCCAGGCCUGUGAACCUGAAGGGGACGGGGUGCCGCCCUGCGCUGCUUAUGCCUGGCGGAGCACCGAAUGGAGCGAGUGUCGUGUUGACGCGCUGCUCAGCCAGCAGGACCGGCGGCGUGGGAAUCAGACGGGUUUGUGUGGCGGAGGUGUUCAGGGCAGAGAAGUGUACUGCGUCCAAGCCAAUGCAGAACUCCUCAGCUACAUCAAUAACAACAAAGACAAACAAGCAUCACAACCCGUAGACGUUCGGCUCUGCAAGGGAACGACUCCGAGUACCACGCAGCUGUGUCACAUCCCGUGCCCUGUGGAGUGUGAAGUGUCCCCGUGGGGCGCCUGGGGGCCCUGCACCUUUGAGAAUUGCGAUGAACGCGUCGUGAAGAAAGGUUUCAAGUUCAGACGACGUACGAUCAUUAAUUACCCCACGGGUGGCGAGGGGAACUGUCCUCAUCUGGUGGAGGCCAUCCCGUGUGAUGAUCCCAGCUGUUUUAGCUGGCAGCUGGUCAAGCUAGAGGAGUGUAUCCCAGAGGAAGACAUGGACUGUGGAGAGGGAACACAGACUCCACAGGUCCGCUGCGUCAACAGUGAAGGUACCGAGGUGGAGAAGGAGAUGUGUGUGGAUGAGGUCUACCCUUCAUCUGUGCCCUGUUUGGUUCCCUGCCCUAAAGACUGCGCUCUCAGCCUCUGGACCGAAUGGUCCACCUGCUCCCAGACCUGCUCCAGCAAAACCGCCGAGGGCAAGCAGAUGAGAACCCGAGCCAUACUGGCUUACAAUGCAGGAGAAGGAGGUUCCAGCUGUCCGAACACCAGUGCCCUGCAGGAGGUGCGGAACUGUAAUGAGCAUCCUUGCAUCGUGUAUCACUGGCAGACGGGCCCCUGGGGACAGUGCGUGGAGGACACCACCACAUCCACCCUCAAUACCUCCUCCAGCGCAGACAAGUCCACCUGCACCAUGGGCGUGCAAACGCGCAAGGUCAUCUGCGUAAAAGUCAACGUCGGACAGGUGCCGCCCAAAAAAUGUCCUGAAGCCCCUCGGCCGGAGUCAGUGAGACCCUGUCUGCUGCCCUGCAAGAGAGACUGUAUAGUCACACACUUCAGUAAAUGGACAGAGUGCCCCACUUCCUGUGAAGCAGGUGUGAAUGGGCAGAAGAAUAAACAGUUUCGCUAUCGAGUGAUCAUCCAGAUGCCAGCUAAUGGAGGUCAGGAGUGUCCAGACGCCCUUUAUGAAGAGAAAGACUGUGCGACUCCAUCUGUCUGUCCGGGUUAUAGGUGGAAAACGCACAAGUGGCGUAAAUGUCAGCUGGUCCCGUGGAGCAUCCGCAGAGACAGUAAAGGAGCUCAGGAGAACUGUGGAGCUGGAGUCCAAACUAGAGCUAUCUCGUGUAGGCAGCUGGAUGGUACAGUGGCUGAUGUGGUUCAGUGUCUGAAGUUUGCCAGCAGCAUGCCGGUUAUGAGCCAGCCCUGCCAGUUACCGUGCCGAGACGACUGCCAGCUCACCAACUGGUCCAAGUUCUCUCCUUGCACCUCGGACUGCGUAGGGGUCCGUACGCGGAGGAGAGCUCUCAUGGGAAAAAGCAAGAAGAAGGACAAGUGUAAGAACAGCCAGAUGUACCCUCUGAGCGAGACCCAGUACUGCCCCUGUGACAAAUACAGCGCCCAGCCGGUGGGAAACUGGUCUGAUUGCAUCCUGCCCGAGGGCCGCGUGGAGAACGCCGCAGGCAUGAAGGUGCAGGGAGACGUGAAGGAGUGUGGACAGGGCUACCGCUACCAGGCCAUGGUGUGCUACGACCAGGACAACAGGCUUGUGGCGACUUCACGCUGUAACAGUCACGGGUAUAUCGAGGAGGCCUGCAUCGUACCCUGCCCGUCUGAUUGUAAACUCAGCGAAUGGUCCAACUGGUCGCGCUGCAGUAAAUCUUGUGGCAGCGGGGUCAAAGUUCGCUCAAAAUGGCUCAGAGAAAAGCCUUACAAUGGAGGAAGACCCUGCCCAAAACUGGACCACCUUAACCAGGCACAGAUGUAUGAGGUGGUCCCGUGCGUCAGUGACUGCAGUCAGUAUAUCUGGGUAGCUGAACCCUGGAGCGUGUGGAAGGUCAGUAACGUGGAUCUAAAGGAGAACUGUGGCGAGGGCAUUCAGACUAGAAGAGUCAGGUGUAUGUUGAACACAGUGGACGGUCCCUCUGAUGCGGUGGAGGACUAUCUGUGUGAUCCAGAGGAGAUACCGCAGGGCACGAGGGAGAGCCGCCUGCCCUGUCCCGAGGACUGUGUGCUGUCCGACUGGAGCCCCUGGACCCUAUGUGACCUGCCGUGUUCUGGAAGAGGAGAUCGGGAGAGGACGGCGUUUGCGCUGCGUCUGCCUAAAGAGGGAGAGGACUGUCCGGUUAGCAUGCAAACGGAGCCCUGCCUCCUGAACCGCAACUGCUUUCACUACAGUUACAACAUCACUGACUGGAGCACAUGCCAAUUAAGUGCCAGCGCUGUGUGUGGAAUCGGUCUCAAGACGAGGAUGCUGGACUGCGUUAGAAGUGACGGCAAAUCUGUUGACCUCAAGUACUGCGAGGAGCUGCGCUUAGAGAAGAAAUGGCAGAUGAAUGCUUCGUGUACGGUGGAGUGUCCAGUCAACUGUCAGCUCUCUGAUUGGUCAGCAUGGUCAGACUGCUCACAGACCUGUGGCCUUGAAGGGAAGAUGUGGCGCAGACGGACGGUGGUUGAGGCGUCUCAGGGGGACGGCAGGCCGUGUUCGUCUCAGAUGGAGCACUGGAAGCCGUGUCCUGUGAGACCCUGUUACAGAUGGCAGUACGGCCCGUGGUCCGAGUGCCGUGUUGAGGAGGUGGUGUGUGGGGUGGGCCUGCGUUUCCGGAACCUGUCGUGCUUUGUAUCAGAUGGCUCCGGCGAUGGGAAGAGCAGCAUUGUAGAAGAAGAGCUCUGUGCUGGAUUGGAGCAGGCCGUCGAUGGAGAUAAGAAUAUUGUUCUGGAGGAGACCUGCACCUUACCCUGCCCUGGUAACAGACUCUGCCUAAAAGUGUACGGCCGCAGAAUGUAUAUUUACUCUAUUGAUUUCCAUCUAGAUGGGGAGUGUUAUGAGUACCAGUGGAUGGGCAAUCCUCAGCUGAUCUGGUGUCAGCGCUCGGAUGGAAUAAACGUCACAGGUGGAUGCCCUCCAGCUCUACUGCCAGGGACGGACCAGUCAUGUGAUCCACCUUGUGACAAACCACAGUCAUUUUGCUCAGAGGAGGGCGUAUGUAUGUGCGAGGAGGGCUAUACCGAGGUGCUGACGACCGAGGGGAUGCUGGAGCAGUGUACACCCAUCCCUGUGCUCGAAAUCCCCACUGCAGUGGACAAGAAAGCUGACGUGAAGACCAGCCGGGCCAUCAACCCCACCCUGCCCACCACGGUACAGCCUGGCCGUACCGGACGCACCUGGUACCUGCAACCCUUUGGACCUGAUGGAAAGCUGAAGACGUGGGUGUACGGCGUGGCGGCAGGUGUAUUUGUCCUCCUGGUAUUUAUAGUGUCAAUGAUUUACCUCGCAUGCAAAAAGCCAAAGAAACCUCAGCGAAGACAAAAUAAUAAUCGCUUGAAACCCCUGACCCUGGCAUACGACGGAGAUGUGGACAUGUAGCCCUUCUCGGAAAACUAACAUCAUGACAAAUAUCAUCAGCAAAUGGUCGAAUCUCAUGAAAACAUGUCCAGGUCGCAUUAUACCCCUAAUUCAAAAGAAAAAAUUAAGUAAUGAUAUUUUGCAUAAAUGAAACAAAGCCUAUUUUAGCAUCUUUGUACAUUAUAAGAUUAUGAAAAUGACAUUAUUUCAUUAUUUAUGAAAAUGAAGCACUUUCUUUUAUACUGUAAUGCAUCUGAGCAAUUUACUUUCAGUGUUUUUGUAAUUCUCAGUAUCGUCAACGGCGAUUCUCAUUUUUGAAAUUCUUUUAAAUCAUAAUAAAUUAAAGACAAUAUAACAAAUAUCAUGAUGUAUUAAUACUUAUUUAGUGAAAUAUAGUAAAAUAUUAGAGUUUUUACAUUACAAUAAGUUUUUGGGGUAAAUGUGCUUAAUUGUCAUUAAAAUAUCACAAUGCAAAUAGUCCUUAGGCUUCAUUUUUUGUUUAUGAAAAAUGUAAUUCCUUACCUUUUUUACCAUUUGAUUUUGGGGUGAAGUAUGACCCAGAAAUGUUCUUGAGAUUCAACCAAAUACUAAAAAAAAAUAAAAAUGCCUAACCAUCUCAAAUACUGGACCCUAAAUGCUUGAAUCCAACAUAGAGGAAGAAGAAACAUCCAAGAGCCGCAAACAAAAACUUUCAUACUUUACUUUUACUUCAUGUUCUUGUUCUGGAAGAGCCUUUACACACAUCUUCACACGCUGUGAGAUCAUGCCUUUGUUUAUAUUCAGUUCCUUACAAGUAUUUGUCAAUUAUGCUACUAUACGACGGGUCAGGACCUUAUCGGAACAACUUUCUUCCGACUUGUGCUUCCCAGCUGAGGGGAUUCAAUAUUUGGAAGGAGCUAUUGAACAGACAAUGCCAAAACAUACAACACACAUAGUAGAGAACACGUAAGGAAACUUGGGAUCUUCAGAAAUCAUGGACGACAUUUGCUCACAGAAGAUGCAGCCUUUCUAUGGAAGGUGAAAACAAGACAAAUCAUGUUCUCCUGGAAGUCCAACUCUGAUUCCAGGCGUUAUUUUGCACUAUAUUAGUGCAGCAAGGAAAGCGUUCGCCAUUGAACCAUUCAUGUCUCAGAAGCAACGAUUCUUCAAGGCAAGCGAAUAUGAAUCUGGAGCACAUCAGUGAGACGGGAUAGCUGAAAAAGUGUAAAAAUCAAUCUCAGAGUGGGACUCUUUAAAGACCUCACGUCCUUUUGUUUUCACUCAUUUGUGCAUUGUAUAGUUUCUAUGAUGUGUCUUUUCUGCUCAACAGACUUUAAAUAUGUAUUUUUUGUUAUAGCUUUCCAUUCAGACAUUUUUAUAAUAAUUGGUUGAUAUACAGUUGUCGAGGAAAAGUGGUUGUGACAGUAGUAUGACUUUUGAUUGGGGGGUUUAUGCCCCGUUUUCAAUGUCUGGUAUCUAAUUACAUGAAUGAUGUACGUGUCAAGACAAUGGGUCUCACGGGAAGACCGAUAGUUUCUGCCUUAUUAUUGAUUAAAAAAUGCUGAAGUUUUGUUACUAAUUGUUGCCAAUUCUCACAGGACAGUGGACAUGCAAAAUACAGUGGCCCUACAAAGUAUUUGGACACGCAAGACAAACUUUAGUAUGUCUGAAUGUAAUUGCAUUAGAUGGGGAACUGGUUGCAUUUUUAAAUACUGGAAACGAUUAAUGUUCACUUCCAAAAUGUGCAUUUUCUACCAAUGCUGCGAAAUACUGUACUAAACUAUUCUGAUGGUGUUUUUGUGCGACCGACCGAGUGCAAGACAAAACGCUUCUUAAAAGCAGCUUCAUUUUAGUGAAUCAAAAUCAUAUGGCGCGUCCAGUGUAGUCCAAUUCCUGAAUGAAUAACUCUUAUGAAUCAGUAUUUUAUACUGGAUCAAAAACAAAUAAUGCAACCACUGCAGUCCGAUUCCGGAGCAGCUGACUCGUAUGAACCGGUUCUUUUUAGUGAAGCAAAAAUGUGCAAUGUAUCCAGCGUAGUCCAAUUCCCAAACAAAUGAAUCUUAUGUUUUUGAUUCACUAAAACGAACCGGUUCAUAAGAUUCAUUUGUUUCGGAUUUGGACUACACUGGUUGUGUCAUGUUUUUGAUUCACUAAAAAGCACUGGUUCAUAUGACACAUCCAGUGUAGUCUAAUUUCUGAACAAAUGACCUUUAUGAACUCGUAUUUUAUACUGAAUCAAAAACAUACGACGUGUCCAGUGUAGUCUGAUUCCCAAACUAUACAAUGACUCUUAUGAACUGGUAUUUUAUACUGUAUCAAAAAUAUACAACACGACCAAUGUGAGUCCGAUUCCCGAACGACUCUUUUGAGCAGUUACUAUUUAAUAUAUCAAUAUCAUUAAGCAGCUUAUGUCUGUGUUAUUUAAAACUUGUAAGAGUAUUUUAUAAAACAUUAAUGAAUUAAAAGUGGUACUAUACACACACACAGACACACACACGUCAUCAAAAAUGCAAAUAUAUUUACUUUUGAUAUUGUUAUCUAAUGCAUAUACAUCCAUACAUGAAGUGUGGUUUAAGUGUGCAAAUACUUUCUGGGCUCAUUGUACAUGUGUAGCACUUUUGUUGGAUCUGAUAUAUAUAUAUAUAUAUAUAUAUUAUUGUGUAAUAUUAUGACAUCAUAAGUAUGAGCUGUCUCACGCACGUGCAACAAACUUACAAAGCCAUCAAUCAGUAAAUAAUUUUUUUAUAAUUCAGCAGAUUAAGCAGUAUUCAAUUUAUAUAUCCAUAAAUUAUUUUCAAAUGAUUAUACAUCACCCUUCCUCCCCUCUAAAAAAUACAAAAUGCAUUGAAAAAGAAAAUAUAGUGUGUAUGUAUUCAUGAAAUGUGAUUUAAUUUGAAUUUAAGGGCCUGUUAUAUUUUUUAUUUAAAAAAAAAAAAGCAGCGUGAAUAUGAUAUUCCUAAAAUGUGAUAGUCUAUGAAUCCUGCUGAAAUCUUCCAGUCAAAUAGUAGUUAUAUAGAAGAUGCUUUUUAUCGGUCAACUCUCCUCAUUUCCCCGAUUCAUUUAGGCUGCUACAUUAGAGUCGUUUCACCCGGCUGUCCUGCUAGCAGCUGGUGAAAUGAAUGUUUACCUUUAGUUUUAUUUGUAAAUAGCAAUGAGAAUUAAAUCAUAUUCAUUUCUUUUCUAUUGCACAGAAAUGUUUAGUACAUUGCAAAGUGGUCUCGCUGAUCUUUGUUGAUUAUGGUCAUGUUGUAAAGUACCAAGGUCUUUCUUUGUACAGCUUCUGUUUUCUGAUGACCUAC